AUGAGUUUGAGUUUGACUUUGACACUUAACUCAGCAACUUUAUCUGUUACUGCUCACUGCGUGAUUAAUCCCUCUCUAUCUUCUACUCUUCCGCAGAAGACCCGUAGUUUCGCAAGCAUUUUGAACAAGAAGAGAGGAUUCAGCACACAGUUACGCUCUCCUGCCUAUUCAGCUUAUAAACCAUCUGCUUGCGUUGGUCGAGUUAUGGCUUCUACUGGAGAUGGGCCAAAAGCUGGUCACUCUACAUCAUCCAUGUCCACCAAUGAGCCUGUUGUUUCUGUUGAUUGGCUCCACUCUAAUCUUGGAGACCCUGACUUAAAGGUUGUGGAUGCCUCAUGGUACAUGAAACAUGAGCAAAGAUAUCCAAUCCAAGAGUAUCAGGUUGCUCGUAUUCCAGGUGCUCUCUUCUUUGAUUUGGAUCGAGUAGCUGAUAGAACAACAGAUUUACCACACAUGCUACCGUCUGAGGAAGCUUUUGCUGCUGCUUGUUCUGCUCUUGGAAUCGAGAACAAAGAUAGCGUGGUUGUGUAUGAUGGAAUGGGGCUCUUUAGUGCAGCUCGUUUAUGGUGGAUGUUUAGAAUUUUUGGACAUGACAAAGUAUGGGUACUUGAUGGAGGCCUGCCGAGAUGGCGUGCUUCAGGUUAUGAAGUUGAAUCUGCUUCGAGUGAUGCAAUUUUGAAAUCCAGUGCAGCAAGUGAGGCUGUCGAGAAAAUUUAUCAAGGAAAAACAAUUAGCUCUGUAACUUUUCAGACGAAGUUCCUGCCACAUCUUGUAUGCACACUUGAUCAGGUGAAGGAAAAUAUUGAAAAUAAGACUUAUCAGCACAUAGAUGCGCGUGCAAAAGCUAGAUUUGAUGGUAUUGCUCCAGAACCUUGGCAGGGAAUACCAAGCGGUCAUGUACCCGGUAGCAAGUGUGUCCCUUUUCCACAAAUGCUUGAUUCCUCUAAAAUAUUGUUACCAGCAGAGGAGCUUAAGAAACGGUUUGAUCAAGAAGACGUUUCAUUGGACAGUCCAAUCGUGGCCUCAUGUGGAACCGGUGUAACAGCUUGUAUUUUGGCAUUGGGACUUCAUCGUCUCGGAAAACCCAAUGUGGCAGUCUAUGAUGGGUCUUGGACUGAAUGGGCCAGCAAACCAAACUCGCCCAUAGUCGGUUCUUCUUCUUCAUGA